UCAAUUCCUAGUGGUAUGUUUUUGCAUACAAAAAACAUGCUUACCCAAGUGAAUGACUAUCUUUCCAACCUCGAAUUCAUUCUUCUUGACGAUCAUUUUGAGACUUUUCCUGACUAUUCCCAAAACCUUACUAGUUUUUCCAACUUUAGCUUCAAUGAUUGGAGUUUCCACAACGACUCAUUCGAGUCAUCCUUAAACAUGGAAGAUAUCUCAAACUUCUUCACCGAGUUGAGUUCAUCAAGCUCGACCGAGGUGUACAGUCCGGAUUCAAGUCUGUUUGAUUCAUAUAUGUUGAACAAUCAAACAGAACCGUCACUAAGUCUUGAUGAUCCUGAUACAUGUUUUUUAGCUGAAAACAUUCAUGAACUUCUUCAAGUCACAAAUUCUUCCCAUAACCAAUAUGACACCCCAAAAAUAUUACAAGACACCUCUAGAGAAGUCACUGAAAAUCCAACUGUUUUUACAGAAACACAACCACAGUUUUGUCCAACCACCGUCACUGAUGAUAUCUCCACUAAGGAAGCAACAAGAAUGCCCGUAAAGUUGGAUUUCUCGACAGGGAGUAUCAUUCGGUUUGGGGAUGAAACUCCACAGCCUAAGAGGCGUUACCGAGGUGUAAGACGACGGCCAUGGGGGAAGUUCACAGCAGAGAUGAGGAACCCAGAUAAGAAAGGUUUGAGAUUGUGGUUGGGGACCUACAAGACACCAGAAGAAGCAGCCAUGGCGUAUGAUCGAGCUGCUUUUAAGCAUCGUGGCGCUCAAGCUUUGCUUAACUUCCCACAUUUGAUCGGGUCACACGAUGAAUAUCUCAAGAAGCCUAGCAACGAAAAGCGACAUAUAGGGAAAGUUCAGUCCUCAACGUCAUCAUCUUCGUCACACCAGUCUUCAAAAAUCUGCAAAAGGAAGAGGAGCAAAAACACCAUGUAGGGUUUAUAAAGUAAUAACACCAGUCUUUUGAGACUGGCUUGGUAAAAGUUCGAAUGACUGAAGCUAAAAUGAGCUAAAGUCUGUGCUGGAUACUAAAGUUAAGCUCGUUGAGUAAACAAUCCUAAGUCCGAGCUUCACUUAUCGAGUUCUAGUAGGCUCACUAAACUAAACGAGCAUAUUAGGUAUAACAAUAUGUUACAUACAUGUUUACAAUUGUAAACAGAUAUAAAAAUAGUUGUAAAUGUAUAUAGAUUAAUUAAUAAAAUAACUAAUAAAUAAUAAACGAUCCGCGCUCGUGCUUGGAAAAAAAACCUCA